AGACAGUCCAUGGUUUCACCAUGAUCUCUGUUAUGUUGUGAUGCUGUUUUAAUACAAACAGUUAUAAGUUGUAUUUCUUUAAAUAGAAAAAUACAGUUCCGGUCAGUAAAUUCAUGUAAUAUUCUCAUUCUCACAGCUGUGAGUUUUUAAGUAAGCAGGGAUAUCUUCUGUAUCAUCUGAAGUGAGAUCUGCUGCUGUCAAGAUGAUGUUUGUUAAAAAAGAGAGUGAGGAGAACACGAGUGAACCAAAAACCUGGAGAAUAAAACACGAGGAACAAGGCCUGAUGAAAGUGAAAGAAGAAAGGCAAGAUCUGAAUGAAGUGGAGGAGAGCUAUCAGGAUCAGAAAGGUCAUGGUGUCACUGGAGGAAAAUCAGUGAGUUGCAGCGUUCAAAUAACAGACGUCCAAAAUCCUUUCAGCUGCUCCCAGUGUGGAAAAUCUUUCAAAUAUAAAGGAAGCUUUAUGAAACACAUGAGAAUUCAUAGUGAGAAAAAGCCUUUCAGCUGUUUUCAGUGCGGAAACACUUUCACAUGUAACGAAAACCUUAAGAAUCACAUGUUAAUUCAUGCUGGAAUAAAGCCUUUUACCUGCUCUGAUUGUGGAAAGAGUUUUACACAGAAAGGACACCUUAAGAGUCAUUUGGUAACUCACACGUUAGAAAAGCGUUUCAGCUGCUCUCAGUGUGGAAAAUCUUUUACACGGAAAACAAACCUUGAGGAUCACAUGUUAAUUCAUGCUGGAGUAAAGCCUUUUACCUGCUCUCAGUGUGGAAAGAGUUUCACACAGAAAGGACAACUUAAGGAUCAUUUUGUAGCUCACACUUCAGAAAAGCGUUUCAGCUGCUCUCAGUGUGGAAACACUUUUAAACAUAAAAGAAGCCUUAUGAAACACAUGAGAAUCCAUAGUGGGGAAAAGCCUUUCAGCUGUUAUCAGUGUGGAAACACUUUCACGUGUAACGAAAACCUUAAGAAUCACAUGUUAAUUCAUGCUGGAAUAAAGCCUUUUACCUGCUCUCAGUGUGGAAAGAGUUUCACACAGAAAGCACACCUUCAGAAUCAUCUGGUCACUCACUCUUCAGAAAAGCCUUUCAUCUGCUCUCAGUGUGGAAAGUCUUUCACACGUAAAGGAUACCUUGAGACUCACAUGUUAAGCCAUGCUGGGUAAAAGCCUUUCAGCUGCUCUCAAUAUGGAAAGAUUUUCAUCUGUACAGAGGAAUUGCAUUUUGUAAGCGAGGCUGCGUUCCACUCCACUUUUAGACACGUGCUCGCAAACUUCCCGGAGCACUUCCCCUCAGGGGAAUCCCAGCUGCCAUUUGGAAGUGUGUUCCACUUUGUUAAGUGAAUAAGGAAAGUUUUAACAUGGACAGUCCCUCAACCCCUCGAUUUUGAACGAGGGAGCGAGUCAUAUUCAUGUGAAUGAAAUUGUAACAUCGUCAUCGUCAUGAAUUCAUUAAUUUAAGCAAAUUGUGUCUGUUUUGGCAUGUGUAAAAGAGUAAAUAUGUAUGUAUGAAAUGUGUAACAGUCAGAAGUAAAUUUUCUGUUUACAUGUAACACACUGCUACUCAAAUAAAUGUAAUUCAUGAAUUCAUAUUUGCAUAUUCAUUGCUCUACAGACAUCUUGGAGGAAUAAUUUUUGGUUUUGACUAGUAAUUUAUUUUUUACUCGCCAGAAUGAAAUACUAUUAAAUAAAGUUCUCUCUACACACACAAUUUAAAUUGUAGUUACUAAAUGGUAUGGGGCAUGGGCA